CAAUGGAGGUGAUUGCCAUUUGAUACUGCCUAAUGAGCUGGAGUUUCACACCAUUUCAUCCGCAGCCUCAAUGCAGUAAUUCAAUCUCUUCUUUUGGCCCUUUUUCACCUGAGACGAUCUCCCUCCUCUCUUCUCUUACAUUUGUUGCCCAACAGGAAAGAAAUUAGAGGAGAGGGUAAACAUAAAUAUUUGAGGGUUUCAUUCUUUAUUCUCCUCUCAAUUACCCUCUUGAAUUCUUCUAAUAUCCUUCCUUAAAAUUUUGUUUCUUUCUUGUUGGGUUUUCUCUUUAUAAUUUAUUGAAGCUCCAUUGACGCUUCUUCUAUGCAGUUCCUUACAAGGCAACUGAUUUAAUUCCCAAACUUCGAGAUUUAAGAGUUUCCAUGGAAGUUUAUAAAGCUUGAGCUCCCAGGAAUUAGGUGGUGAGGUCCAAAGGUGUAAGUACCUGAUACGUUUUUUUUUGUGAUCGAGACAUGAGUCGUAGGGUGAGGCGCAAAGUGGCAAAGAAGGGAAAUGAGAAGGUAGUUGUGCCUAGUUUUCCUGAAAUUGAGGAUGAAGUUUCAUGUUCAUAUAGCAAUAAGGCUGUUGAUUGGACCAGCUUGCCUGAUGACACAGUGAUUCAGCUAUUUUCCUGUCUGAAUUAUCGUGACCGUGCAAGCUUGUCAUCAACAUGUAGGACAUGGAGGGCUUUAGGCGUUUCUCCGUGCUUGUGGUCUUCAUUGGAUCUCCGUGCCCACAAAUGUGAUGCUGCCAUGGCGGCUUCACUUGCUUCUAGAUGUGUAAAUCUUCAGAAGCUUAGGUUUCGUGGAGCAGAGUCAGCUGAUGCAAUAAUACAUCUCCAAGAUAGGAAUUUGCGUGAAAUAAGUGGUGAUUACUGUAGGAAAAUAACAGAUGCAACUCUUUCUGUGAUUGCGGCUCGGCAUGAAUUGCUUGAAAGUCUCCAACUUGGGCCUGACUUUUGUGAGAGGAUCAGCAGUGAUGCUAUAAAAGCAAUAGCUUUUUGCUGUCCACAGUUGAGGAAACUUCUGCUGUCUGGAAUUAGAGAUGUUUCUGCUGAUGCCAUCAAUGCCUUGGCCAAGCAUUGUCCAAAUUUGUUUGAUAUUGGGUUCUUGGACUGUCUUAAUGUUGAUGAGGUAGCAUUGGGCAAUGUAGUAUCUGUAUGUUUCCUCUCGGUUGCUGGGACAUCAAAUAUCAAGUGGGAAAUGAUUCAUCUCUGGCAUAAGCUGCCUAACCUGAUUGGAUUGGAUGUUUCAAGAACUAAUAUUCCUCCAACAGCUGUUUCUGGAUUGUUAUCGUCAUGUCAUAGGUUGAAAGUUUUGUGUGCAUUGAAUUGUUCAGUUCUUGAAGCAGACACCACAUUCAAUGCAAAUAUGUGCAAAGGCAAAUUAUUAAUUUCCCUUUUCACUGACAUUUUUAAAGGACUAGCGUCAUUAUUUGCAGUUACUACAAAUUCAAGAAAAGGAAAAAAUGUGUUUUUGGACUGGAGGAAUUCAAAGAACAAGGACAAAAACUUCGAUGAUAUUAUGACGUGGCUAGAAUGGAUCUUGUCUCAUACACUUCUGCGUACUGCUGAGAGCAAUCCUCAAGGUCUGGAUGAUUUCUGGCUAAAGCAAGGUGCACCACUAUUGCUCAUUUUGAUGCAGAGCUCACAGGAGGAUGUUCAAGAAAGGGCAGCGACAGGCCUUGCAACUUUUGUGGUCAUUGAUGAUGAAAAUGCUAGCAUAGAUUGUGGAAGAGCUGAAGCAGUUAUGCGAGAUGGUGGCAUACGCCUUCUUCUAGACCUUGCCAGAUCCUGGAGGGAAGGUCUUCAGUCAGAGGCUGCUAAGGCUAUAGCGAACUUGUCUGUGAAUGCAAAUGUUGCAAAAGCUGUAGCAGAAGAAGGAGGAAUCAACGUUCUCGCUGGGUUGGCGAGGUCCAUGAAUAGGCUGGUGGCUGAAGAAGCUGCUGGAGGACUUUGGAAUCUCUCAGUUGGAGAAGAGCACAAGGGUUCCAUUGCUGAGGCUGGUGGAGUAAAAGCUUUAGUUGAUCUUAUAUUCAAAUGGUCAUCUGGCGGUGAUGGAGUUCUUGAACGCGCAGCUGGUGCUUUGGCUAAUUUGGCGGCUGAUGACAAGUGUAGCAUGGAGGUUGCCCUGGCAGGUGGUGUACAUGCUUUAGUGAUGCUUGCUCGUAACUGCAAGUUUGAGGGAGUGCAAGAGCAGGCUGCUCGUGCCUUAGCUAAUUUGGCUGCACAUGGAGAUAGCAAUACUAACAAUGCUGCUGUUGGACGAGAGGCUGGUGCUCUUGAAGCACUUGUUCAACUUACGCGUUCACCACAUGAAGGUGUCAGGCAGGAAGCUGCUGGUGCUUUGUGGAACUUAUCAUUUGAUGACAGGAAUCGUGAAGCAAUUGCAGCAGCUGGUGGCGUUGAGGCUUUGGUUGCUCUUGCACAAGCCUGUUCAAAUGCCUCCCCAGGACUACAAGAGAGGGCUGCUGGAGCUCUCUGGGGAUUGUCAGUGUCAGAAGCCAAUAGCAUCGCCAUUGGACGGGAAGGAGGUGUUGCUCCUCUGAUUGCUCUGGCACGAUCUGAGGCUGAGGAUGUCCAUGAAACUGCAGCAGGGGCACUUUGGAAUCUUGCUUUCAACCCAGGCAAUGCUCUGCGGAUAGUAGAGGAAGGUGGAGUUCCUGCACUUGUUCAUCUAUGUUCAUCAUCAGUAUCAAAGAUGGCACGCUUCAUGGCUGCAUUGGCAUUGGCAUACAUGUUUGAUGGAAGAAUGGAUGAAUUUGGAUUGAUGGGAACGUCGACAGAAAGCACUUCAAAGAGCGUGAGCUUAGAUGGGGCUAGAAGGAUGGCUUUGAAGCACAUAGAAGCUUUUGUCCUGACAUUUUCUGAUCAACAGACGUUUGCUAUUGCUGCUGCAUCAUCAGCUCCAGCAUCAUUGACACAACUAACAGAGAGGGCUCGUAUUCCAGAAGCAGGACAUCUCAGAUGCAGUGGAGCUGAAAUUGGACGAUUUGUUACCAUGCUACGAAAUCCCUCUUCUACACUCAAGACUUGUGCUGCAUUUGCUCUUCUCCAGUUUACCAUUCCUGGUGGCCGGCAUGCUAUGCACCAUGCAAGUCUCAUGCAGAAUGCCGGAGCUACACGAGUCGUUCGUGCUGCAGCUGCUGCAGCAACUGCACCACUUGAAGCCAAAAUUUUUGCAAGAAUUGUGCUGCGUAACCUUGAGCACCAUCAGAUGGAACCUUCAAUAGGAAGGCUGUCAAACCUAGCCUAGCCUAGAGUCGCUGAUGGAGCCGUAUCCACAUAUGAAGCACUUGCUUUCUUAGUGAAGGAAUGAUAAUUCCCAUGUUUUGUAAUCUCCAUGUAGAGAGGCCACCAACGUGCUCAAGCAAUAAUGCUUAAUGUAACUUUUCCUUGGCUCCCACUGUUUCUCAGGCAUGUAAAGGUGGUUUUAAGUGUCCUCUUGCUGUAACAAUUCCUCGUCAUAUAUUACAAGUACUUUUGGUGGGGGAUUGCUAUAGAAUAAUCAUUUGCCCCUUUUCUUCUUCUAA